AUGUCAGAAGAGAAUGAUGGAUGGAAGUGCAACGGCUCCUCCGAUCAUUCUCUAGAUUCAAGGACGACCACAUUGACGAGAUGGGUUGAUAUAAUAACAGUACCUCUGAUGAUGGCCUAUGUGACGAGAUACAUUUUCGGAACCGACAAACUGAGACCAAACGCUUUUGAAGUGCGAGGACUGAACGGCUCCAGUACGGGAGUUGUGCAUUGCGACGAUGCAGCCAUCCUCUCCCAAUGGCUCAAAUAUAUUACAGAUAACAUCAUGGGCCUCACCCAUUUACAGAUGAAGCUGUACAAUAGAAACUUCCCUGCAGCAGAACGUAUUGAAUACAUGGGGUGGGUGAACGAGGGGAUACUGAACAAUAACCAGCCAUGGCAGAAUUAUAGGCCUCGAUUUUUAACUUUAAAAGGAACUGACGUCAUGCUCUUCGACUCACCGCCGUUGAACGUGGGCGAUUGGAAAGAGUGUGGUUUAGUCUUCAAAGUUUACCAAUCCAUGCUGAGGGUUAUCAAAGAUUCGGAAAACGUCGAUGAGAGGCAGCACUGUUUCUUGAUCCAGACGUCUGGCCAGGAGUCGAGGUACUUCUCCGUUGAGACCAGGCAGGAGCUCUUAAGGAUAGAAAGCUCGUGGCAUAAUUCCGUUUGUGCAGCUGUGAUAAAGCUCGGGAGUAAAAGUUUUAACGUCUCAUACGGAGGCAAACUGGCUGGGUUGACACUGGAUUGGAACAUGGGGUUCGCCCUCUUUGACAAUAUCUCGAGGCAGUUCCUCUGGCAGUACAAGUUCUCCCAGCUGAGGGGUUCCUCUGACGACGGUAAGAGCAAGCUGAAGCUUCAUUUCCAAGACGCGGAGACCAAAAGCAUCGAAACAAAGGAACUAGAAUGCAGUAAUCUUCAAGCUCUUCUUUUCUGCAUGCAUGCCUUCCUCACCGCUAAAGUUGCGUCGGUCGAUCCUGCUUUUCUCAGUUCUAGAACACCUUAA